CUCUCGUGAAGAGAUGGUCGAUGGGGAUGAGUGUACGAGCAAGGGAAUGAGAUAGAGAAAGGGAGAGAGAUAAUGCCUUCUGAAUGCAUGAUGAAUUUAGUCAUCAGGCUUAGGCUGACUGGGGGCCGAUCGUAGCUGUGCAGUGCGCAGAGCGAGCGAGUGAGCGAACAAGCGUGCGUGUGAGUGAGUGUGUGCGAGACCUUGGUCACAGGCACUCCAUCAUCAGCUAUACCCUGCAGCCUCUCUCACUCUCCUUAUCCUCCUCCUGAAGAGAGAGAGAGAGAAAGAGAGAAUCACGCAACACGCCAGAAAGAAGAAGUGGAAAAUAUUUUUUUAAACUCUCUCCUCUCUGCACUGCUCUUUUGCUGAGCGUGAGAGGGAAGGGAAGAGGGAGAGAGAGGGAGGCAGUAGUGAGCUACAGAAAUAAAACAGUGCUUCUUGUCGUCCGUGCUGCUUUCUCUGCUGUGGCUCCAGCCCACAGAGCUCUGAUUGUCAGCGCUAGAGCAGUAGCAGUGUCUCUCUCUCUGCAGACUGCAGCCUGAGGAAGAGAGGAUGCUUAACAACAUGACAGACACCGAGGAGGGAGAGGGGGGACCCAACAGCCAGGGCGAUGGGAACCCCAAGGAGAGCAGUCCCUUCAUCAACAGCAGCAGUGCCAGUGAUGUGGAGAAGAGCCAGCAGUACGAUGGCAAGAACAUGGCCCUGUUUGAGGAGGAGAUGGACAACAGUCCUAUGGUGUCGUCCAUACUUAGUAGUCUGGCCAACUAUUCCAACCUGCCUCAGGGCAGCAAAGAGCACGAGGAGGCCGAGAACGAGGAAGGGGCGGCACCAUCCAAAAAAAAACCUGCUGUCAAGGCACCAUCGCUGGGCACUCUGAUGGGGGUGUACCUACCCUGCAUCCAGAAUAUCUUUGGUGUGAUCCUGUUCCUGCGGAUGACCUGGAUGGUGGGCAUCGGAGGGGUCUUUGGCUCCUUCAUCAUAGUCUUCAUGUGCUGCUCCACGACCAUGCUGACAGCGAUCUCCAUGAGUGCCAUCGCAACGAAUGGAGUGGUGCCAGCCGGAGGCUCCUACUACAUGAUCUCCCGUUCCCUGGGGCCUGAGUUUGGCGGAGCUGUCGGAAUCUGCUUCUAUUUGGGGACUACUUUUGCGGGUGCCAUGUACAUCCUUGGUGCCAUCGAACUUCUGCUGAUUUACAUCCUUCCCCAGGCGGCCAUUUUUAAGAUGGAGGGUCUGGAAGGGGCUGAUAUGGAGGCAGCGAUGCUGAACAACAUGCGCGUGUACGGCACCAUUGUGCUCAGUUUCAUGGCCACGGUGGUGUUUGUGGGGGUCAAAUAUGUCAACAAGCUGGCUCUGGUCUUCUUGGCGUGCGUUAUUCUGUCCAUCCUGGCUGUUUACGCUGGGGUCAUCAAGACGGCCUUUGAACCCCCUGUUUUCCCUGUGUGUAUCCUGGGGAACCGCACUCUGAUCUCCAAGGGAUUUGACGUGUGUGCCAAGGUCAUUGAGAGGGACAACGGCACGGUCACCACCAAGCUAUGGAAGAUUUUCUGCGACUCGGAGUUCCUCAACGCUACCUGUGAUGAGUAUUUUGCCAACAACAAUGUUUCUGAGAUCCAGGGCAUCCCAGGGGUCAGCAGUGGUAUACUGGCUGAGAACCUGUUUGGUUACUACCUGGAGAAGGGAAACUUCUUGGAGAAGCGGGGAAUCUCAGCCAUGCAGGACCCUGACGCUCCAAUCACCAACUCCAACCGUUACGUCCUGGCUGACAUCACCAGCUUCUUCACCCUGCUCGUGGGGAUCUAUUUCCCCUCUGUCACAGGUAUCAUGGCUGGCUCGAACCGCUCUGGAGACCUGCGCGAUGCCCAGAAGUCCAUCCCCAUAGGCACCAUAGCAGCCAUUACCACUACUUCUAUAGUCUACAUGUCUGCCGUGGUCCUGUUUGGGGCCUGCAUUGAAGGGGUGGUCCUGAGGGACAAGUUUGGUGAGGGGGUGGAUGGUAACCUUGUAAUUGGUACCCUGGCAUGGCCUUCACCAUGGGUGAUCGUGAUUGGCUCCUUCUUCUCGACCUGUGGGGCAGGGCUUCAGAGUUUGACUGGAGCGCCACGCCUCCUGCAGGCCAUUUCCCGCGAUAGCGUAAUCCCUUUCCUUAAAGUGUUUGGGCAUGGCAAGGCCAACGGAGAGCCUACCUGGGCCCUACUCCUCACAGCCAGUAUCUGUGAGAUCGGCAUCAUCAUCGCCUCUCUGGACGCUGUUGCCCCCAUCCUCUCCAUGUUCUUCUUGAUGUGCUACAUGUUUGUCAACCUGGCCUGUGCCCUGCAAACUCUGCUGAGAACCCCCAACUGGAGGCCUCGCUUCAAGUUCUACCACUGGGCUCUCUCCUUCCUGGGCAUGAGCUUGUGUCUGUCGCUCAUGUUUAUCUGUUCCUGGUACUACGCCAUUGUUGCCAUGGUGAUUGCUACCUGCAUUUACAAAUACAUUGAGUUCGCUGGGGCAGAGAAGGAGUGGGGAGAUGGUAUACGUGGCAUCUCACUCAGCGCUGCUCGCUUCGCCCUCAUGAGGCUGGAGGAGGGACCGCCUCACACCAAGAACUGGAGGCCUCAGAUUAUGGUUCUGGUGAGCAUGGAUUCAGAACAGAAUGUGGAGCAGCCUCGUCUGCUGUCCCUGACCAAUCAGCUGAAAGCAGGAAAAGGUCUUACCAUCGUGGGUACCUCAGUGGUGGGCAGCUUCCUCAACAACCAUGCAGAGGCCCAGAAGGCAGACCAGUCUCUGAGGAAGCUGAUGGAGACAGAGAAGGUGAAGGGUUUCUCCCAGGUGGUGAUCUCCUCCAACCUGAGGGAUGGAACCUCCCACCUGAUCCAGGUAGGGGGGCUGGGAGGCCUGAAGCACAACACUGUGCUGGUCAGCUGGCCACGCACCUGGAAACAGGCCGAGGACAACCUGCGCUUCAGGAACUUCAUCGAGGUGGUUAGGGAGACGACUGCAGCCAGCAUGGCUCUGCUGGUCCCUAAAAACAUCGCUGCCUACCCGUCGAACGGAGAACGCUUCACUGAAGGCCAAAUUGACGUGUGGUGGAUCGUCCAUGAUGGAGGCAUGCUGAUGCUGCUGCCCUUCCUUCUCCGCCAGCACAAGGUUUGGAGGAAGUGUAAGAUGCGCAUCUUCACCGUGGCCCAGAUGGACGACAACAGCAUCCAGAUGAAGAAAGACCUGAUCACCUUCCUGUACCACCUGCGUAUCGAUGCCGAGGUCGAGGUGGUGGAAAUGCAUGACAGUGACAUCUCAGCCUAUACAUAUGAGAAGACUCUGGUGAUGGAGCAGCGCUCCCAGAUCCUCAAACAGAUGCACCUCACCAAAAAUGAGAUGGAGAGAGAAAUCCAGAGCAUCACUGAUUCAUCCCGUGGUUCUAUCCGUCGUAAGAACCCGUCUAACUUGCAGUCUCAGCAGAGCAGUGAGGAGCCGGCAGGAGUCAGCGUGGAGGAGAAACCAGAGGAGGAGUCUGUGGCUGUCUCCCGCCCUAAACAGGUGCAGCUGAUCCACAAUAAGAACCCCACAUCCCCCACCACGCCCACAGGGAGCGCUGCCACCCCCGGGUCGGAGGUGCAGAUGACCUGGACAGACAAGGCUGAGACCCAGGCUGCAGCAGGCCACCCAGAGCAGGGCGGGGUCAAAGACAUCUUCAACAUGAAGCCGGAGUGGGAGAGCCUGAACCAGUCCAACGUGAGGCGCAUGCACACAGCGCUGAGGCUCAAUGAAGUCAUCAUGAAGAAGUCCAAGGAGGCCAAGCUAGUGCUGCUCAACAUGCCUGGACCACCCAAGAACCGCAUGGGAGAGGAAAACUAUAUGGAGUUCCUGGAAGUCCUCACCGAGGGUCUCAACCGGGUCCUCCUAGUACGUGGUGGUGGACGCGAGGUCAUCACCAUCUACUCCUGAGAGACCUCAAAUCAAAUCCACACGCCUUCACCUUGCAUCUUAAUGGUUUAUGGCCCCUGCUUCCACUCCCCCUGCUCACUUUGCACUAUGUAGUUAGUACCCCCCCCCCCCCCCCAAACGCACCAGCUGAAUUCUCCUUUACUCUCAAUCACCUCUACCAGCAUCAUGUCUGCUCCUCUCAUCAUCUCGAAAGCUGUGGCAUCAAACCUGUUUAGGUUCUUCAAUGGCUAUCAGAUCACUAGAUGUCAAAUGGCACAUGAGUUUCUUCUUAUACAGAGGAGUGGACAUAUUCAAAAGACAAAUUAUUCCCCAAACUAGAGGUCAGAUGUUUUUGUUGUGUUUGUCCUUGUGUUUUAUUUUAUCUGUCUGUCAAUCUUGUUGCUUUUCUUCUUAUUUUUGUAAGGAUGUGGGUUACUUGCAAGAGAAGGAUGGAUAUAUUCUCAUUGCUAGUCUAUCAUGUUUUUCUUUUUAUUUAUUUAUGCAUUAAUUUAUUUUGAGAAUACAGUUAAUAUGUUUUUUGUUGUGCAUUUGGUUGUUUUAUGUUAUGUACAUUAUGAUGUGUUGAAAUCAUUGAGGGAAGAGGGUGGGUCGAGAAUUCAUCAGUCAUCAGCAACAUGUCUUCCUAUGGAUUGUCACCUUGAGGACACCUGAGCAGCAGUGAAGUAUAUUACAGUCGGAAGGAAGGAGAGAGGAAUAGCGUUCAUACCAGUCAGUUCACAGGCGGUAUUUGAAAUGUACUUAAUGAAUUGAAUACAUUUAAUUUGUCGUUGAACUGACUCAAUUAUGAUGGAGUUGGUGUUGACCACAACCCUGGCUUUUUAUACUGUGAAGAAAACAGUACAAUGAGAUAUUUGAAGUUGCUAAGAGACACAUCAUGACCUCAACCUUUGACCCCCCCCCCUCCCCAAAAAAAGAAGCUGAUUACCGUAAAUAGUGUCCUUUGUCCAAUCAUUCAAUACAUAUUACUACUAGCUAUACCUUGAGAGUGCUGACAAGACCUUUAAGUGGCAUAAACUAUUGUUAUAGCAGUGAUAGGACUGUAAGAAGAAACCGUGAAAAAUGUAUUGAUAUAAAGUAGAUAAUAAUUGCAAGAAACUACUGUGUUAUAAUCUAAAACAAAAUUAUAUUUGUUUAAUACUAUCAUACCAAAUGGCAAACAUUUCAAUAUUUUACCAUGUAGUAGUUUACAUAAAAAAAUGUGAAUUGCUAAUUUAGAGACACUCAGAAAACUAUGUUUGUGAUACAUUGAUAUAUUUUUAGUAAAUACAUCUGUUUUUCUUCAUCAUGAUUUGGUUUACACUAAUUCCAGUCUAGAAAUGUGAAUUCUAUAAUUCUUGCCAAAUACAAACAUACAAAUUGUGCCAUAUGAAAAGAAAUAACUUUUUGAUACAAACCUCUUUGUAGUACCAAGGCAAAACUAUGUAUUGAAUUGACUAUGUUUAAGGUUGAAUUUAGCAGUGAAAUUACAACUGGUUUGAAUGGAUAGUUUUGAACCCAGCAUUACUGCGAAUCUUCACAACUUUGUACUAGAAUGGGAAGAAACAUCAUUUAUUUUCAAUGUGGCACAGCUAUUUAUUUGCUAAAUAUAAUAUUACUGUCAAUUCCUAAGUUCUGCACAUUUACAAGGUCAUGUCUAAAGCAUCAACUCUGAACUAAUACAUGAAUCAUAAUAAUUAUUUUUGUAAACAAAUAUAUGGAAAUAGAUACAUAUGUGUACAUACAGGUAGACCUCGUAUUUCACAUAUUCGUUUCUGUGCAGUGGAGGGCACUGUUUACCAUGUGGUAGAAACAUAUAUAAAGUAUAUCUAUAUAAAUAACUCAAUUAUUUUUUGUAUUAUAUUGUUUUCAAAAGAAAAUGAUUGAAUUUUAUUUAUUGAAUAGUUGAUGUAAAAUCUGGAUAUUUUGUGUGUGAUGUGCACUGUAUUUAUGUGAAGGAUAUCGUUUAUCUACCAUAUUAUGACAUGUUAUAGAGGUUCUAAAAUUUCAAAAGCUGCUAUACUGAUCCAUGUGUAAAUAUUGAACCAAAAACAUAUGGGGGAUUAGGAAGGGCAUACAGGGUUGGGGUGAGCUGAAUAGCAAGGCAGCUAGUCAGUGGUUUUCAAUACUGUCCUUGAGUUUCAACAGUAAGCUACAUUUUGCUCCAACAAAUCACAUAGUCAAUGGAGUUGUUAACUGACUAUUGAUGUUGACAUGACGCUGUUUUUGUGAGAGAAAAAAUAUAUAUACAAAAUAAUUCACAGCUGGCAUUAGUCAACCAACAUCUCCACUGAGCAUUAUUUAGUUGGAGCAAAUGCAGCCUACUUGAGGACCAACAUUGACAAAUAUUGCUCAAUAUUAAGUUAAAGAUUGAAGACCUGAAACAGUAAUUUGAAUUAGAUAUCUAAGUGCAGUUCUGAGGGCAGAUAAAAAGUAUAUUGAGUUUAUUUGAGAUAUAAAAUAUUCAGGUGUUUCCCAAAUACGUUUUAAAAUGAGGGGACUGACAGUCCAGUGAGGGGACUGACCUUUUUAGGUGUUUGACUGGUCCCUUAGAUCCCAGUAAGACACACCAGUAAGUUUUGUUGACAGCUUUUAGCUGGGGAAGAGGUGAUUAGGUCUGGGGUCUUUCUAGAAGUUAGUGGUAAAUAGUUAUCCUCACUCAGCACACUUACUAAGUGUCACAAAAAUACUACCUACAAUCAAAAUAAUAUAAUCUUGGAAAUAUUUAGCUAUACAGUAUAUAUAACUAUUUAAAUAAAAUCUAAAAUACUAUAAUGUAUAUACAGUAACUCAAAAUAUUAACAUGAUAUGACUUGUCUGAAAGAUGACGGUUGAAAAUAAUGUAUUAUAUCCCUGUUUGCAUGGUGUUUGUAACAAUAGUGUCUUCUUACUUUUUAUUCUCGCUGAACUCUUAUUUGGAUUGAGUAACGCAUAAAGUAAAUUGGCCAAAGUGUAUCUUUUGAGCUCAAAAUAGGUAAUUGUUUAUUCUCGGAAAACCCAGACACAGCUGGAACAUUGUUACAUUGUGGGAGGCAACCCGCCUGACUAUGGAGACUAGUAAUUGAUUCAAUAUGUUUGGCCUCAGUCAUCAAUUAACUACAGAAAACAUUAAAAGAUAUGGCGAUUUGGAAUAUGAAUUUUUGUGUCAACUGGGGAUCUAUGCAUUUCAAACCUACUCUAAACCUAAAACAUAAGACAUUUCUUGGGCAUAUAUUUUGUCAGAAUAUGUGCAAAGUUCAGCUGUGUCCAUCCCCAUAUCAACAGUUUGACAUGGGUGAAAGAUGUUAUCCGGGCUUGGGAGUACACUGCUGAGCCUAUUGUUGCAUGAAGCUGAAGUUUCAAAUGCUGCAAUCUUCGGAAUCAAGUAGUUCCAAAGCUUUUUUGUGUGUGGAGUUAUUGGGUACAUGAGACGACGAGCGUUGGAACCAUCGAACUAUAGAACUAGAAUAUCUAUGUUUUGAAAAUGGCUGUGUGUUGGCACAUGGAUGUCCGUUGUGCAGAGCAUCUGUAUGUUUGGCUACAGUAUGGUUCUUAGAUAUGUGGUUUCUUUAGACACAUAAAAUCCUCCCUUAUAACCAACCAACCUACUGAUUCACCAGCAGUGUGACUGUGGUAGUUAUUAAUAUUAUCAAAGACAACAAAACCAGGGCUUCCACCUUUGGCAGAGGUCAAAGAGACCUUUACAGUAUGGUAUUAUAUUCACAUGUUUGAUGACUCCAUCUCUAGAAGGGAGAGGGAUGUCAGUGACAGAAUUGUUGCAGUAAAGCUACCAUCCUUCAGGUGUUUCCCAAGUAUCAUGUCCCAAAUAUCAGGGCUGUCAGAGUUAACUUGAGUUAACUUUUUGUAAUUUUAGGGUACUAAUUAUUUGCAUUGUCUGGAAAUGUUCAAAAUACCUAAUAUACAGCUAAAAACAACAAUGCAAUGUCAAAACAAGUUGACAUUGAUGAUAAAGAAAGUGUGCUUUAACAAUGUACCUAAUUCUGCUUAUCAUUAGUUUGGACAAAAUCAAGGUGUCAGUAUUAUUGUAAUGCUUUUUCUAUUUAAAAAAAAUCUUAAAUUACUGCUCAAUUUGAGUUCAUUCUUAAUUUGCGAUUAAUCACAUCAAAUCCUGCGAUUUAAUUCGAUUAAAUGUUCUUAAUUGUUUGACAGCCUUAGAAAUAUACACUGAGUGUACAAAACAUUAGAAACAACUUCGUAUUAUUGAGUUGUACCCCCUUUUGCCCUCAGAAAAGCCUAAAUUCUUCGAGGCAUGGACUACAAGGUGUUGAAGCAUUCCACAGGGAUGCUGAACCAACUUGAGUCCAAUGCUUCCCACAGUUGUGUCAAGUUGGUUGAAUGUUUUUGGGUGGUGAACCAUUCUUGAUACACAUGGAAAACUGUUGAGCGUGAAAAACCCAGCAACGUUGCAGUUCUUGACACUGAAAACUGUGCCAUUGGCACAUAGUAUACCCUGUUCAAAGGCACUUAAAUAUUCUGUCUUGCCCAUUCACCCUCUGAAUGGCACACAUACACAAUCCAUGUCUCAAUUGUCUCAAGGCUUAAAAAUCUUUCUUUAACCUGUCUCCUCCCCUUCAUCUACACUGAUUGAAGUGGAUUUAACAAGUGACAUCAAUAAGGGAUCAUAGCUUUCACCUAGUCAGUCUGUCAUGAAAAGAGAAAUGUUUUGUACACUCAGUGUACAUUAGAAACCUUCUCUUGAGUAAAAAAAGAUGUCAGAUAAUCUAAAUCUUUUAACAAACAGGGUGUGAAAAGGGCUCUCAAAUCCAUGUAUCCUUACCCUGUUACAUUGGACCUUUACUUGCGCAGACUACAUUGAAGUUAUGAAAGUGUUCAUCAGGAAUGCACUUCUGUUUACAACCCUGUAAAAGAACCUGAAUAAACUCGGCCAAUUUAUUUAGACCAUUGAUUUAUUCAUUUAGAAUCCAACAUGUUAUAUUGCUGAGAGGCUAUUUGUGUCAGUCCAAAGCAGGGACAGGCUUUUCACUGUGAUAGUUCUAGCGCAUAUGUGCACAAUUGUGAAUAAUUGUGAUUGGUUUAAUGCAUGCACGUAAUGUAUACUGCAGUGUGUUUCUGCAAUUUAAUAUUCAGCAUUUAAAUUAUUUAUAUUUAUUUAUUUUACAAUUUAGGUAAAGAAUUUGUGGCCACAAAAAGUAAAUCACAGUGGUAAUAUAACUGCAAUGGUCUUACUGUGCACAUUUGCUCAAUAAUUGUUGAUACAUGUUGAUUUAGAUUGAAAAUGAUUCAUUAUGAAAUUAUUUAACUGAAACACUGAGUUUGCCCACAAUACAAUUAUGUCAGCGACUUCCAGUGUAAUCAAAAGUCACAGGGGAAAUACAACUUUAAUCAAUCAUAACCCUUGUGAAGGGCUAUUCAGUCCAAGGAAAUCUAGACACACAAUUCUAUUUGUAGAACCUUCCUCUACAUCUGUGUCUCAAAUGACACCCUUUAUUUGCAAUGUUGGGCACUUUUGGACUUGGUCAAAAUCUGUGCACUAUAUGGUGAAUUUGAGAAAAAAAAACUGCCAUUUUAUGUACAAGCUCCAACUGCUGUAUUGCACUUCCACCCAUAUUCUUCUAAAAUACCAAUUGUUUUUCAUACAGACCUAUUCUUGAUUAAGCAAGGAACUGUUUUGCUGUUUUAACUGAGGACAAUGCAUAGUGUGAGGGGGAUUUUGUAGCUUUUACUGAGAAUGGACUACUGUGCGUUCUCUAUUCUGGUUUCCUAAGACUUUAGAACCUAGUAUAUGCAUGUAGAUGUGCCGUUUUCAUGACAGUGAAGUAAACCUCAACACAUUGUAUUAAUGUUGAAUAAGCCUCCUUUUUUUUAGAAGGUUGAAUUUUUGUGCAACCCUCAUGAUUCCUUCAUCAUCUCCAGAAGUGUGAGCACUUAACGCAAGCAGGAGAAAAAAAACAAAAGCUAGUGUUUCUAAAUCUUCACGUAUGAUACUCUAUUUAUACUUGGUCCAUAAGAGCAUUGUAAUGCAUUUUUAAAUGUAGACCUUUAUGUAGAUCUAUGAAUAGCUAUCUUGAUUAGUAAUUGUUUUGUGUUCACAAUUUUAUGUUACCUCUCCUAGGAACAAGAGUGAUGAUGUAGAAAAAAAUGUAGUGGAGUGUUCAGAUAUGUCUGUGUCUGCAGUGUGUGUGUGUGUGUGUGUGUGUGUGUGUGUGUGUGUGUGUGUGUGUGUGUGUGUGUGUGUGUGUGUGUGUGUGUGUGUGUGUGUGUGUGUGUGUGUGUGUGUGUGUGUGUGUGUGUGUGUGUGUGUGUGUGUGCAUGUGUUUGUUUGAGAGAGGACAUUGUAUUUAACGAAAAGAUGAAGAAUAAAGAUGGGACAUCUGUAAAUAAAACAGUAAUUAACAAAGUAGAGCUUAGAUGUUUAAUUUGUGUGUCAAUGCAAGUUUAAUAUUUUACAGAUAUAGAACUAUGUAUUCUCUAUUGUGUUCAAUAAUGAUAUACAGUAUAAACAGUUAUUUUACUGUGUUGUUUUACCAUGUCAAAGGCGUAUACAUCAAUGGCUAAUGGUUUCCUCAAACCAUUUUAUAGAUUUGUCUGCACAAAAUGCAAUAAACUGAAGUCAUUUUAUUACAA